CUAAAGAUGGGGCUGGUGACACCAUCUUAAAACCUCGAUUCCCCGACAGCCCAUGCACAGGACCUCGCAUUCCUGUCCAUCCUCACCGUCAUGGCUCGGGCUGGGGCCCAAACAGCGGCCCAGGAGCGGCCCCCAUCGUCGGCGCCAAAGAUUCAAGGAGAGCAGCCCCUGGGGAUCCAAUCGCGCAAAAGCCCAACUCGAAAGCGCGAUCGCAUCCAGGAGCAACCCGCUCGCAAGCGCAAGCAAUCUAUCGACGCGCCCCAGUAUGGCUCCGACGACCCAGGCCAGAAGCGACAGCGGACACCCCAUACACCCCCUGCUGGGAGCACGUUCAACGAGCUAUUGAUUGGCGACGACGACCCUGAUCCGAUUGCGUUCUGGGCCAAGGAACAGCACUGGCCAGAGGGCUUGUUCAAGCCCGCCACCAUGGAGCGUUUACUCAUGCGAAAGAAAUCUUCGUCCGGCCUAUCGCGUAAGCGAUCCAACUCUGUCGCUUCCACGACGGCGGCGAGCGAUCAGAAGCCGCGAGCGGAGAAGAGUGCACCGUAUAAAAAUGCGCAGUACUCGCUCCUGCUUCAGACCAAGGGCUCGUACAUGAAAAUGUCCGAGCUAGGUAUUACGGAUGCGAGCAAAACUCUUGUCCAGGACCUCCUUAACGGCGAACAACCUCUUCCCAACGGGACGCAUUUCGAUGACGAUAUCUUCGUGGAUGCUUGUCAGAACCUCGAGAAUACGAAUGAAGCUAGGGUUAUCCAGGAUAUUUCCCGGCUCAUCGUUCCGUCGGCUGAAUCACAUGCGCUUCGCAACAAAAGCUGCAAGCACCUUAUCGAAAGCGUCAACGCAGGGUGGAACAAUUCGAUCCCGCUAACCGGCACCCGUCCCCAACCCGAUUAUUGCGUUGGCUUUAGAAGAGAGGCAUUCACCGAAGACCAGCUCGCCAAAUUGGAGCCAAUUAUUGGCAAUUUCCUUUCCGGAGACCAGUCCUUCGUCAUGGCUACAUACAGUAUGCACUUCCCAUUCCUGACAUGCGAGGUAAAAUGCUGCGCCGAAACGCUCGAUACCGCGGAUCGACAGAACGCCCACAGUAUGACCCUUGCGGUGCGGGCCAUUGUGGAGCUUUUCCGUCUUGUCAAGCGUGAGAGUGAAGUCCACCGUCAGAUUCUCGCCUUUUCAAUUUCACACGAUCAUAGAGCAGUGCGAAUUUACGGCCACUACCCUAUAAUAGCCGGGGAAAACACAACGUAUUACCGCCACCCGAUCCGUACUUUCGAUUUUACAGAAUUGGACGGCAAGAACAAAUGGGCAGCGUAUCGAUUCACCAAAAACGUUUACGACACGUGGACGCCCGCUCAUUUCAAAAACAUUUGUUCCGCCAUUGAGCAAUUGCCGUUGGGGUUAGAUUUCGAUGUUCCACCUCUUCCUGAGGCAACAACAGAGCUUUCCCGGGAGUUAGGGUCCUCGAUUCAGUCAGAUGCUGGCUCCCUUUUAAACCCCGUCGAACAGGACGUCCAGUCAAGCAACGCUGGACGGCAAGGGCCGACCCCAGACACCUUGUAUACAGGGCCAGGAGUGACAAAAAGGAGGAAAGGUUAAGUGGACACAGGGUUCCUUUGGAUAUCAAGGUAUCAUGAUAGUUUGUCAACAUUCUUUUUGGGAAUCGUUGAUUUUGAGUGGAAAUGGUGCACGCGGGAUGCAUGCCUUGAGGAAUUGUCUCUAAGCCGACACGAGGGUCUGCGCAGUCACCGGCCGUGGGCGAUGAACCUUGGCACGAGCCUUCUAGUGGCCAACGCUGGAAGCUGCUCUCUGCACUGCUCGGCGCCAUGGUGCUAGCGCUGGUGCGGAUCAAGUGCCCCGUAUGCGGGGGAGCCGAAUGAGCGAAAAGAGGUCUUGGAGGCAAAAGGAUUUCGUGAAAGACGCCUCCCACCGCGCUCCCACCGCAUUUACAUACAUAAACAUACGCUCCCUGCCCCCCUCUCAAUCAAGUAAAUAACCCAUCUCGAGCCAACCCGCCGCUUACAGCUCGCCCUUCUUGUCCUGACCGUCAGGCUUGCCGCUACCGCUACCGUCACCGCCGCCGCCGCCCAGCAGGCUCCCGAGCCAGGCGGCGCCGGGGAUGGAGGCCUUUGCGGCGGGCGGGAACUCCUUGCCGUCGACCGUCACCUUUGGCUCGCAGGUGCACCAGUCCUCCUCCUUGACGCCCGACAUGGCCGAGGGUAUGUGCGAGCCGCAGCCGCGCCACGACUUUUUGGCUGCGAAGGGGUAUGAGUCCCUGCGUGUCGGUAAUAAAAAAAUAAAAAAAAUAAAAAAAAGGAUUGGUGUAAGAAAUGAGAAACUUACAGCAGGU